AGAAGAUAGGCUAUGUAGGUGACUGUGGAGUCACUACCUGUAGGUCUUGCCCACUGCGCAGUAAACACGGAGGCGUGCUGGAGCACUGUUCUCCUUUUCAUCCUGUGGUUUCGAGUUCUGCAUCAUGGCUUCAGGAAAAGGAGUUCUCCAAUCUAAGGCUGUGCAAACCAAACAGAGAAGGAGACCCAAAGGAACUAUAGGACAAUUGAAUGUUCGAGGCGGCACUGAUCAUGCAAGUAUUGAAAACAGCCAUACUACUGGGAUCAGAAAUUAUAUUGCAUACACAAAGAAUGUAAUUCAUGUGACACCAGAUGGACUGCUUGCCACAGACAGUUCAAGAGAACUGCCUAAUGAACACCCCAUGACAUCAACGCCGCAAUUUCGACAUGGGACCAGUAAUCCAACAUAUUCGAAUCAAAUAUUCAAUAAAGCUUGCAUUGAAGGAAAAAAUAAUCGAGUGACAAAACUGAUAUCCAAAGGUAGUGUGGAUAUAAACAACAUAAGCCCUGGAGGAUGGACCCCAGUGAUGAUUGCAGUAUGUCUAGGACAUACACAAGUAUUUAAUACUUUACUGAAAGAACAGUGCGACCUUUCAUUAGUGUUAGAUAAUGGUGACAACAUAAUUCAUGUGGCAUGUUCUGGAAGCAAUGCUGCCAUUGUCAAAGAGUUAGUUUCAAACGAUAAGAUAAGUCUUGAGAAAAAGGACCUUUUGGGUAGAACUCCACUGAUGAAAGCAGCCAGCACUGGAAAUAAGAAAGUGUUUAACUUACUUGUAAAAGAAGGUUGUAAUCUUUCGGCAAUGGAUUAUGAGGGGAACAAUAUGCUUCAUUAUGCUUGCUCCGGUAGCAGUGUGUUUAUAGUAAGGUAUCUUUUGCGACAAAAGGUAGCUGAUAUAGAGAGUAGAGGUGAGGAUGGGAUGACCCCAGUGAUGGUGGCGUCAAAGAACGGACAGAAGAAAGUGUUUGAUUUCCUUCGUGGAAAAAGAUGCAACCUAUCGGUAGUGGAUGAACUAGAUAACACCGUUCUUCAUGCUGCCUGCUGUGGUGACAGUGUGUAUAUUGUCACUUAUCUUCUUUCAAAUAAAAUAGUUGACAUUGAGAGAAGAGAUGCGUGUGGGAUAACGCCAGUUAUGGUGGCGGCAAUGAAAGGACAAACAGAAGUGUUCCAUGUACUGGUAAGGAACGGAUGUGACCUAUCUGUAGUUGAUGAUCACGGGGACAACAUCCUGCAUAAUGCUUGUUACAGUGAUAAUGUCAGUAUUGUUAAGGACAUUCUUUCACGGAAGUUAGUUGAUAUAAACAGUAAAGGUUACGAUGGAAAUACACCAUUGAUGGUGGCGGCAAAAGAAGGCAAUAAGAAAGUGUUUGAUCUCCUUGUCAGCAAUGAAUGUGAUCAGUUUGACGUUAGUGAUAAUGGUGGCAACAUCCUCCAUGCAGCAUGUCUUAGCAAUGAUGCAAUGUUAGUUAAAGACAUUUUGUUACGCGGUGUAUCUGACAUUGAGAGUAGGGUUGAGGAUGGAGCAACACCAGUGAUGCUGGCAGCUGAGAAAGGACACAAGGAAGUAUUUGAUCUACUUGUAAGUGAAGGAUGUAAUCUAGAGGUACUAGACAAUGAUGGUUGCAAUAUUCUUCAUGCUGCCUGUAGUAGUGACAAUGUAAAGAUUGUUGAAGAUAUCCUCUCACGUAAGAUAGCCCACAUUAACAGCAGAACUUCAGACGGGCUCACAGCAGUCAUGAUGGCAGCAGCAAACGGCCAGAAGAAAGUGUAUGAUCUCCUUGCCAGGAAAGGAUGCGACCUAUCGGUAGUAGAUGCCAUGGGUGACAAUAUCUUGCAUGCAGCUUGUGCAAGUGAUAAUGUCAAUUUUGUGAACUGCAUUCUCUCGCGUGAUCUAGCUGACAUAGAGAGCAGAGGUGAAAAUGGGCUCACAUCGGUAAUGGAAGCAGCAGUGAAUGGUCAGCGGAAGGUGUUUGAUCUCCUCGUGAAGAAAGGAUGUGAUCUUUCUGUUAAGGAUGAUCAGAGGAACAACAUUCUUCAUGCAGGUUCCUCGGGUGGUAACGUCAAAAUUGUUGAAUACAUCCUUUCUUGUGGCUAUCUGAUGGCUCACAAUAUGAUUCAUAUUGAUAGCAAGAAUGAAACAGAUCAGACACCAGUGAUGACAGCAUCUAUGAAUGGCCACAAGAACGUUUUUCAACUACUUGUGAACAAAGGAUGUAAUUUGUCAACGGUAGAUGAUUCAGGGAGCAACAUCCUUCAUCAUGCUUGUGUUGGUGGUAAUGUACAGAUUGUUGAGUACAUUCUCUUACACAACAUUGCUGACAUUAACAGCAGAGAUAAGAAUGGGCUCACACCAGUGAUGGUUGCAGCUGUGAAUGGACAGAAGAAAGUUUUUGAUCUACUGGGAAACCAGUCUCCUUUUGGCGCGAGUUGGUCACGAAGAAUUCAGAUGGCAUUCAACAUGGCUUCAGUGUGACAAGCACAGAUGUGGGAGCAGCAUGGCUAUGGGGACACUCCAGUCCUGGAGAGUUGAUAUACAUCGUGGAGGACAGAAGCUGGGUCCAUACUAGUCCAUUGGUAUUCGGGGGAAAUGCCUGUUGAAGAGAUACAUUCGUUUUAUAUGAAUGCAGAUGGAAGAUGGUUAAUCACGCAUGUGUAUAUUCAUAUCUCUAUUAUCAACAUUAUUUCACUAGGGACAUAUAAUGCGUCAUUCGAGUAGCGAGUAGGGGGAUAUUCUAUGUAUUACCACAGUCACCUCAGGUGUUUUUGUGUUAUCAGUAGUGGAGACAUAAUCUCAGUUCCAAUAACAGAUUGACUACGUCACAGACAGACGUCAUCAACAAGGAAUGGCAUCAAUAAUCAUUAUAUGCAAGCCGUGACUAGAUAUGACGUGACGUUGCUGGGGUACGUGUCGCAAACAAUGUGACAACGGAAGGACGUAGACAGUAAGCAUGGAGAAGAAAUUUUAAUGCUCAGUGACAUUUUACUGAAAAUAAUUGUAUC